AUGAAUCCUGAAAGAGAAAGUAUAUCGUUUUUUGCCACAGCUGGGAGAGGAACAGAAGAGUUUGCUGCAGAUGAAAUUAGAAAGAAAGUAAUGCCUGGAGAAGUUUCAACUCGAGAUGGAAAAGUAUUCUUCAGACUGUUAUCAUCAGCCAUUGAGUUGAACAUCAAGAAAAUAUUGGCACUGAGAUCAGUAGAGCGGGUGUUUGUGGGCAUCACAGAUUAUAAUAACAGUACUUAUAUAACAAAUAAGAGGACUUUUCUAGACAAACUCAUGUGUUCUGUCACAUCACAAGAAAAUAUUUCUAAUGCAGUAAAAGUACUUGCUGACAUUUUAUCACAAAGUCACAAAAACAAGACAGAGAGCAUGAGUGUAUCAACAUGCACACAAAACACCUCUGUUACAACUCUGCCAGGACAUGAUAAUCAGUCACUAUCUGUCCAUUUGUGGCCAAUAAAGAAGAGCUGUGUUAAUGAGAAGGCAGCCGAUUUCAGUCUCUCCAGGCAAAAAUUUGAGAACUCAUCUUCUGACAGAGUUAGUCCAGCUGAAAAAUAUCAAAAGCUUGAUGUUAAUAUCCUACACACUACAGAAGUAUCUGUAGCUAAAACUGAAUGUGACAGAAGAACGUUGUCAGACAAGGCAUCUCAUGGUCUUUGGCAGGCUAGUUCUGGGUGUGAAUGUACAGAUGGGUUGAAUGAAACUCCUGAAUGUGACAGAAGGUCUGAUCAUAACUGUGUUACACAAGCUGCAGUUGAUUGUUCUGAAGUCAGACAGGUUCGGUCUGACUGUGAUAUCAGUGGUUUGAAUGGCUGUGCUGGACAGAUUUAUUCCAGUCAUAAAAUGUACAGGGAAAAAGACACUGUAAAUAACUGUAGAAGCACUGUGUAUCAUGCAUGUUCAUUAAAUUGCUACAAUGAUGAUAAAGACAAUCAACAAGAAAUUCACAAGCAAGACAGCAUAAAAGAAGAUACCAAUGAUAGCACACAUAAAGAAUCUCUUUCAUUCAGGAUGUCAAUCAAGUGCUCAGGAAAAGUAAGCAGAUGGCUCAACACAAAGAAACUUUCAAGAGAUCUUGGAUGGAGAGUUGCCAGAGCCACUGGUUGGAGGGUGGAUCUUAGAAAGCCACAAUAUGAGGUGUGUGUACAUAUCAGCGAUGACUAUGUUACAGUUGGAGUACCAUUGACCAGAUUUCCCCUUUCCAAGAGAGUUUAUUUGGUGGACUCUGGGUUAAGAGCACCCAUAGCAUGGAUUAUGAGUCAGCUGUGUUCUAUCAAGGCAGGGGAUAUUGUACUUGAUCCCAUGUGUGGGAAAGCAACCAUUCUGAUUGAAGCUUCUUCGGAUGUCAAGGAUGCCUGGUUCGUAGGAAGUGAUAGAGACUCCAGUCAGCUGGAGAAAGCACUGCAGAAUGUGAUCACUUGCAGUCAUCCAGCGACUGUGUCCCUGCUGGAAGCUGAUGGUCUCAAUAUGCCAUACCGAGACGGCUGUGUAGAUGUUGUUGUUUGCGAUGCACCAUUUAAUCAUAAGCAUUUGCUCACACUGGCCCCAGAAAUGUUCUACAGCAAGUUUGUGAGGGAAAUUUACAGAGUCCUGAGACCACAAGGUUCCUGUGUCUUGCUUGUCAGUGAGCAGCUUCAGCAUGUUGUCCUGUCCAUAAUUCAAGGAACAGAGGGAACCCAGCAGCCUGCACCAUGCCCCACAUCAGAAGCAUCUUCACAAGGACGAUCAAAGGAUCCCGACACACAUUUUGAACAUGAUAAAGCUACUGAAAGUUUAGUAGGGCUGACCUUUGUAUCAAGUCAUUAUGUGAAACUUGGUGAAACACAUGCUUGUAUCCUUGUUUUGCAUAAGGAAAGUUAA